ACGUCACAAGGCGGGAAGAGGUGUUUGUUUACGGAAGUAAUGCUGUUGCAUUCACGUCAGUCACAAGACUGAUGACUACAGUAAUUAAGCGAAAACGAAUUUAAUGAUAAUAUUUAUUUUUAGCAUUUAAAAAUGAUUCGCAAACGGCCAAGGGGAGAUGGGAUAGCGCCGCCAUAUUUAAGCAUGACCAGGAGAGAAAAAACAGCUCCUCCACCUGCUCAAUCCCAGUUCCACCUGGACCUCUGGUUCUCCUUCACUGUACAGAACUGGAUCCUGGACUUCGGGAGGCCUAUAGUGAUGAUUAUAUUACCUCUAGAAUGGUUUCCUCUGAACAAGCCCAGCGCUGGAGAUUACUUCCACAUGGCCUACAACGUCAUUACACCAUUUCUGCUGCUGAAGCUAAUGGAGAGAAGUCCCACCACGCUGCCACGCACUGCUGUGUACCUGAGCAUCAUCACGUUCGUCAUGGGCGCCAGCAUCCACCUGGUGGGGGACUCCAUCAACCACCGCCUGAUCCUCAGCGGCUACCAGCUCCACCUGUCUGUCCGAGACAACCCCAUCAUGAAGGACCUCAAUCCUCCCUCUCUGAUUGACUCCUUCGAGCUCCUUUAUUACUACGACGAACAUUUAGGACAUUCCAUGUGGUACGUCCCGUUCUUCCUCAUCCUCUUCCUCUACUUCACUGGCUGCUUCACACAAUCCAAAGAGGAGAAGAUGCCGCACUCGGGUUGGCUGCUGCUGGGUCCUAGUGCUCUCUAUUAUUGGUACCUGGUGACGGAAGGACAGAUUUUCGUUCUGUACGUCUUCACUUUCUUCGCCAUGGCCGCCACGGUGAUGCGUCAGAAGCGGAAAGGCUACGUGCUGGACAGUAACGGUCGCUUCCUGCUUUACAACUUCAUCAUCACGCUGGUCCUGGUGAUCGUUUGGGUCGUGUAUCUGUGGAACGAUUCCGUCCUGCGCAAAAAAUACCCCGGGAUCAUCUACGUACCAGAACCGUGGUCUUAUUACACAUUACAUAUCAAGGGCAGUUAGUAGGAGGUAACAGGAAGUCACUUAAGAGUCGUAUUAUUGCACAGAAACGUCGUCUCGAAGGUCCUGAGAGUGGUUUAUGAGAGGAGAGUGCGCGUUUGAGUAUUUUUGAAAAUCAAGUAUGUUCUGCUGUCUUUUUCCCCAUCGAUCAGAUUGAAAUCAGCCAAUCACACGCGUCCGUGAGCUCACGUAUACAGAACAGAGCCGUCACGACGACGAUGAUGUCAUACGAUGAUGAGGAGGAAUAAAUAAACAAAAUUGGGAGAACAUAUAGAAAAAUAAAUAAAAGAAAAAAAGGUUAAAUCGUCUUAAACGAUAUUUCUUUACAUCAGAUACAAGCAGAAGGUUCCUUAUUGCUGCUUUAAACCCUGGUCAGUAUUCCAGCAAGUGAUGAUAAUCAUCCAAGAGAUGAUUUUGAUCAGCGUGAUUUGUUUACAUUUUUCUCCUAUUGAUUUUAAUGUUGGAAAGAUUGCAGAAAAUGUACAUUCUCCAGUGUUUCCUGGGUGAAAAAUGGACAAAUGACCUCUGUGUGUUUGAGGGUUUUUAAAAAAAAAUAAAUUGUCCUACCAAAAAAAAAAAAAAAAAGAAGAAGAAUUUCAAAAAAAGUUACCGAUGAAAUGUGGAGAUAUCGACGAAGCACGAAACUUUGCGAGAGCGAAUAAACACAGAAAUAGUUUUAAAAGAACCGUAAAACACGUCAAAAGUUCUGCAGCGAUU